ACUUCCAAAAUCCAUAACAAAUAAUCUAGAUCUACUUUUGAGUAACAGCGGUAAAAUUAGUCUAGAUAGGACUAGUCUAGUUGACUAGUUGAUGAAAAGCAACUCGUCAAGAUCUAGAUUUCUAUCUAGACUCUAGAUCUAGCAACAAUGGCAUUUAGCAUUGCCUUUGAUUGUCUUCCUCUACAAAUGACAGACAAUGAACUGGCUAAUUAUCCUCAGUUUAGUAGUCUACUCAGUUGUCUACAAGAUAGACUUGCACCUGAUGGAAGCAGCUUAAAAAUGAAGUCAGCACUAGAUGAGGUACAGCACAGUUUGUCACAGGCAAGACUUAAAUGGUUGAUGAGUCACACUGUGUAUCUUGAGCUCUAUGAACUAUUAGCUAGCUAUGAGAUAAAAAGUCAUGAAGGGACACUCACUCCAGAUGAGAAACAGAUCCAGAUGUGUCUGACAAAGACGUUGUCUUACAAUGAGAUUGGGGACUAUUUGCAUUUCCACCCAGGUGUCAACAGUAAGUCAACUCUUUUUGGCUUAACCCAGAUGGAUAUUGAUCAGCACAACCCUGCUAAACAUCUGCUAAAUGAUCUUCAGAAGAUAAUUAUUCCUAUGAUAGAAGACAAAAUUCAGAAAAAAUGUGAAGAUUUAUACAACUUUUACGAGCCUGUAAAGGCAACUCAGCAAGGUUCAGCCGCUACCAAGUUCUUAACCUUGCCAGAUUUAGUGGAACAUAAACUGCUGAGUCUUCAACAAGAAAAGGAAACCUUGAAGAAAGACAGAGUCGCAAGAGAGCAGCAUUUCUGGACCUACUACCAGAAACUGUUGGAGUGUUUGUCUGUAAUUGAGACUAUUGUCAAAGAGUACAAACUGACUUGUCAGGCUCAGACUGAUGAUGUCACAGUGGAAUGGCUAGAAACACGUUCUGAAGCAUUGAGAUUAAAAGUCAAGUUGACGCAAGUUCAGAUUCUCUGUGACACCUACACAAAUGAGGCAGUGAAAGCUUUGAAAAAAAUAAGAGGUCAUCUUGACGAUGCCAUAAAACAGACAGAAGCUCAAUUGGCUGCAACUACCUACUCACUCCAGUCCUAUCACUCCAUUGGUGCAGAGUUCAAAUCACUUGUCAACCAGUUUACAUUACUUCAGAAUGAAAUAGAGAACCGCAAGUGGGCUCUGAGCACCAUGGGGAGAACACUGAACUCCACAGAUGGGUUAAGCCACACGGCUAGCAGCUCCCCACGGAGUGUGGACAGUCUACUCAACCUAGUCAGUCCCCCAGUCUCUCAGUUGAAAACAGAUUUGCAGAGCCAACCUGCAGUUGUCCACCCUUCUUCAAAAAGUCAUCAACGUGAGAAAGAAACUAAGAAGGUUUCAUUCCUGUCACCCAGCUCUUCACAAAACUCAACUACAUAAUAGUUUGAUUUCAGUUUGAAAAAUGUAAUUUGAACACAUUAUUACAUGCAAGAAUGUUUGAACUCAUCAUUACAUGAAAGAUUGUUUGAACUCAUCAUUACAUGAAAGAUUGUUUGAACUCAUCAUUACAUGAAAGAUUGUUUGAACUCAUCAUUACAUGAAAGAUUGUUUGAACUCAUCAUUACAUGAAAGAUUGUUUGAACUCAUCAUUACAUGAAAGAUUGUUUGAACUCAUCAUUACAUGAAAGAUUGUUUGAACUCAUCAUUACAUGAAAGAUUGUUUGAACUCAUCAUUACAUGAAAGAUUGUUUGAACUCAUCAUUACAUGAAAGAUUGUUUGAACUCAUCAUUACAUGAAAGAUUGUUUGAACUCAUCAUUACAUGCAAGAUUGUUUGAACUCAUCAUUACAUGCAAGAUUGUUUGAACUCAUCAUUACAUGCAAGAUUGUUUGAACUCAUCAUUACAUGCAAGAUUGUUUGAAGUCAUCAUUACAUGCAAGAUUGUUUGAACUCAUCAUUACAUGCAAGAUUAUUUGAACUUAUCAUUACAUGCAAGAUUGUGUGAUAACAAAAAUCUAAGCAGAUCUCUUGAAAAGUGUUAAAAAAAAUGUUUUUUGCUAAUGCGGAAAUGACAAAAACAAAA